CGGCAGCAGCGUCAACCCUCCACCCAUCGAGGAAGCCGAGCGACAUCCAUCAAACUCGCUGCACUCUCUGAGGUACGCUCGAGCGCUCCACAGGCUGCACCCCACCAAACGCUCCGCCGGACCGUCACACCGAGCCGCUCCGGUGCGCGGAUCCCCCCCACCCCCCCUCCUCUCCACCAGGACCGUUGGAGACAUGCGACGUCUCGGAGGAGGAGGAGGACGAGACGAACUGGCCAGGCAGCAGCAGCAGACACCUGCGAGGAGGAUCUGAGUUUGUUUCGAUAACGACAAAGAAAGGUUUAUUACAGGCAUCACUAUGACUGAAGGGGAUUAUGACUACCUUAUCAAGCUCCUUGCCUUGGGGGACUCCGGAGUGGGAAAGACCACCUUCUUGUACCGAUACACAGACAACAAGUUCAACCCUAAGUUCAUCACCACAGUCGGCAUCGACUUCAGGGAAAAGAGAGUGAUGUACACAGCAGCCAACCCCAAUGGGACGACUGUGGGGAAAACCUUCAAGGUUCACCUCCAGCUGUGGGACACAGCUGGACAGGAGAGGUUCCGCAGCCUGACUACUGCGUUCUUCAGGGACGCCAUGGGAUUCCUGCUGAUGUUUGAUCUCACUAGCCAGCAGAGCUUCCUCAAUGUCAGAAACUGGAUGAGCCAGCUACAGGCCAAUGCCUACUGUGAGAAUCCAGACAUCGUGUUGGUAGGGAACAAGGCCGACCUGGCCGACCAGCGGGAGGUUCAGGAGAAACAGGCCAAGGAGCUGGCUGAUAAAUACGGGAUCCCGUACUUCGAGACGAGUGCAGCGACAGGUACGGAGGUGGACAAGGCGGUGAUAACUCUGUUGGACCUGGUCAUGAAAAGGAUGGAGCAGUGCGUCGACAAACCGCUCUCCGAGCCAUCCAACGGCAACGGGGCCACGAAGCUCGACGAAGCGCAGCCCCAUGAGAAAAAAUGUGCAUGCUAGAUGGCGAUGGGAAUGACCAGUCAGUCGUCUGUCUUUUCCACUCGUCACAUUCCCUGCUUCUUUUAUCUUCUCCUUCGCUGUCCUCUUUGAUUGCAUGUUUCUUUAUCUUCUCCUGUCCAAUCACAGCUCUAAAAUUCUAGUUUGAACAAUCUCAUGGUCCACUGUUCUUUCUCUUCCCAGCUGUAUUCUUCUUUCUCCUCCCACACUCUCUGCCAGAGGGCAAUGAAACAGGUUUGUCUCCCUCUGGUGGAGGUUUGAAGUAGUACAGUCUCUGCCUGUUUUCCUUCAAGCACUUUUGUGUUUAGGAGGAAAUUAAAAGCGGAGGGGACGGUUUCAUCGCUGUCAGACACAGCGUGCCUUGACUGUCUGAUCUGUGGCAUAAAGAGCUUAACGUCUGGCUGUGUAAAGUAACCUAAGUCGUGGUCUUCUAUUGAAACAUUGUCUCCUGGAGAGCGAGCAGUUGUACAACCAGUACAUUUUUUUUUUGUCUACUUCACAUUGUUAUCAAUGCUGUAUCUGUACUAGCUAUCUAUGAUCAUUUUCAGUCUUCCAUGCAGUGUUUUUUGGUCAGGUCUGUUUCCUAAAAAAUGGCCUAAAUAGUGUUUAAUGUUUAAUGAUAGGCUUUCAUGGUGGAGGUCUUUGACACUUGAGUGAGAGGUGCUGUUCACAAAUAAUUGCUUGUUUUGUUUGCUAAACUAACGCCAGCGCUUUCGCUUCUACAGUUAGAACCUAUUGCCCAAUGAGAAGUGCAGGUAAAUAUCAGGCCAUUAUUAAGCUUUAUGUUACACUUUAGUUGCAGUAAAUGCAAAAAGAGAUACUCCCUAAACAGAGCAGAGGUUGUAUGACCACUGUAGAGUAUUUUGUAACCAACUGGUCAGAGUAGAUCAUUUAUGACCCCAUGUUAGUUAUUAUGUCACCAUAUAUUCAUUUAAAAAAUGUUAUUAACUCUUUGGAAUUUGAAAUCUUAAUGUUGACACUCAUUUUAGAAUAAAAUCUAGGAAUAAAUGUUAUUCUAAGAGGCCCAGCUAACUAGAUAAAGGCUAUUGGUGCUUGGCAGUGUUAAAGGUGAAGUGUGCUGUAUCGCUAUGUUACCAAAAGCAGCUGAGGAUUGUUUCAGAGUAAAGACGACAGUUUGCAUUUUUUUUGUUUGGUAACUGUUAAGAGAAAAUUAUAUUGCAUUGUUGUUUUAUGUCAUUCUCACCAGAACACCAACACCGUGUCAUGCAGAGAUAACUUAUGCUUAUUGUGGGUUUGCUCCUUGUCACCAGCCAUGAUGAUCCUACUUUGCUUAGCACUGCUAUCUCUGCAUCAUAUAUUCAUGAUGGUAACGGACGUGGCUGAUUAUGACUUGCAGAUGAUAUAACAUCCAUAUGUAGGACUAAUAUGGGUACAGCAUGGGACAUGUGAAGUGAAGAAAAAAAGCCUACAUAUACAGUAUGUAUUGGUAGAGUGCAUUGACCAGGAUAUUGUUUCAAACGGAUCUACUGCCUUGGCUUUUAAAGUGUUAUUCCACUUUGGUGGCACAUCCUUUAAUCUCUGUUUGGGUAUGUGAUGAAUUCGCAAACUGGGAAAGCAAUUGGGAAAAUUAAAUUAUUCAACGUUAAAGCCUAAACAAAUAUACUGGCUAUUUACAGAUCGAAUGGAUAUUUUGUGUGAUUUAACCACAAGGUAUUGAAUAAAAAGUUGAAUGAAGUUCUGCAUGGAGAGGAGGAUUAUAUAAUCUCAGCAGCAAUGUGCCAGUCAUGUGACGUCAGCCUCUCGGUGAUUUUCCCUAUUGACCCCUCACUUCCUAACAGAAAAUGUGAACUUUAAGGCCCCCAUACAUGACCAAUGUUGUAAGAAUAUAAAGUGACCAACUAUUUAUAUGAAUUAAACAUAGAUUAGUAUUUCUGUUGCAAUAUGUUUGUUAUAUCAUGACACCAGGAGAAAAUCUCAACUGCGUUCAUACUUGGUUCAUUUUUGGUUGUCUUCUUGACCCCAAAACUACCAAUUUAUCAACAGAAUCUGUCACUAACAUGAAGAAAAUAGACCUCUAAACCCUUAAAGAAGUACAGUAGAAGUUGUUCAAUGCUUUUUGGGCAUAACCAUGGAAGUUGUCGUGGACCAAUCCUUUCAUUACAUAAGAAACUAUGUAACUGCAGCUGUGCUGAAAACCUAAUGAAAUCAUGUCAUAUCUUACUCCGUAACUUCCUUUUGAGUUCCUGUCCAAAGGCUGCAUGCUUGUGCACCGCAAAAAACCCUUCUCUCUAAAACAUAUUUUGGUGAAAUUUAUAAAAAUAAUUUAUUUAACUGUCAAAGAAUGGUCAUAGAUGAUUUUGUUUUUAAGUGCAACUCGACAGAAUUCAUCUUAUCAAGUAACAACUUGAUCUGCCUUACUUCAUUAAAAUUUAGAACCAAGUUUAUUUGCACCAAAAAAUGAACAUUGCGCUUGCCACCUUGCAGCUGAAUCCUAUUUUCCUCCUUCAGCGAGCUGAAGCGAGGCUGCAUGAUCACUGCAGGGUGCUUUUCAUAUUUUACCAGAGUGCCAGAUGGGUGGAAAGUAAUGUAAAGUAGAAUUUGAGUAGGCUUAUGCAUGUUAAACACUGCUGUGGUCAUUUAAAAGAUUAUAAAUGCUUCAAUUUAAAUAUUUUAUUAAAUCCUUUUUAUCAGUAAUAUUUAACUAUUAUACUUGAUCCUUAAAAAAAAUCCUCAGUUAAAGAAUUAUGACGCUUUGGUUUCAUCUUCCAACGUUUUCUCAUCACAAACCAGCGUUUGUUUUCAAAAGAUCUGACCCCUUAACUUUGUUCAAAAGUGAAAAGUGAAAAAGUGACGCGUUUUCCUUUUUUAAAGCCUAACCGAGUCGUCUGCCAACCGCUCAGUGCCGUUUUAAAAACUCGCUGCUCUUUGAUUUCAGUUUCACGAAAUAUAAAUAUGUGCCGUCUACUGUGUAUCGUACAUCAUUUGGGUUUGCUUAUCAACCUGCUCUUUGGGGUCUUUUUGUAAUGCACAGGUUGCAUAUUUCUAAACACUCACAGAAACAACGUGGCGGAAUCCUCUUUUUGUUCUUUUCCUUUGCUCCAACUUUCAUUACCAAAACAAGUGGUGUUAAAGGUAAACAAGUGGUUAAAGCGGAACGAAAUUAUUAUUUUUUUUUUACUUUCUGCUGUUUAGUUUGUGUUUCUUAUGAAUCUUAUUCCCGAUGUUCACUCUCUUUUUAACUUUGUUUUUGUAUCCGCCAUGUCCUGAGAAUAAUAUCCGUGGUUUUAUUGGCUUAUUGUCUCAAGCGAGAUGCAAACUCUGUGAAACCCGAGGAUUUCCUUAAUGUUCCCUAAAGUUUCACAUUAUGAUACCGGUUGUUAGUAUAAAAAUGUGAUUAGUGCAGCUUUAAAAUGUGUAAUAAGUGUUAAACCUUACCAAGUGUUGAUUACCAGUAUUCAAGGUUUUCAUUUUUACUGUUUCUUAAAAAAUGAUCAUGUUUUUGGUAAAAAAAUAUGGUUUAUCCAUAUCUAAAGAGAUACCACUCUUCAAUAAGUGAUUUGCAGCCUCAUGUAUCAGUAUGACUGGCAAGUAAAUUGUUUGAAUUAAUUUACAAAUGAAAAAUAUGAAACACAAAUUAUUCUUUGAGAUACAACUUCCCUCCAAAUUCCCAGUGCUCGUCAUGGACUUUCCUUUUAUUUUGACAAUCUCCCAAACAAACUGAUUCAAGCCUUUCUUCUUAUGUUGCAUAAUUUUUCCCUCUAAUGCGCCACUAGUACAUAUAUGCCACUGGUUUAUCUGACGUUAUAUACUGGUACAUAUAUGCCACUGGUUUAUCUGAUGUUAUAUACUGGUACAUAUAUGCCACUGGUUUAUCUGACGUUAUAUACUGGUACAUAUAUGCCACUGGUUUAUCUGAUGUUAUAUACUAGUACAUAUAUGCCACUGGUUUAUCUGAUGUUAUAUACUGGUACAUAUAUGCCACUGGUUUAUCUGAUGUUAUAUACUGGUACAUAUAUGCCACUGGUUUAUCUGAUGUUAUAUACUAGUACAUAUAUGCCACUGGUUUAUCUGAUGUUAUAUACUGGUACAUAUAUGCCACUGGUUUAUCUGAUGUUAUAUACUGGUACAUAUAUGCCACUGGUUUAUCUGAUGUUAUAUACUGGUACAUAUAUGCCACUGGUUUAUCUGAUGUUAUAUACUGGUACAUAUACACUCACCGGCCACUUUAUUAGGUACCCUAUGCUAGUAACGGGUUGGACCCCCUUUUGCCUUCAGAACUGCCUCAAUUCUUCGUGGCAUAGAUUCAACAAGGUGCUGGCAGCAUUCCUCAGGGAGUUUGGUCCAUAUUGACAUGAUGGCAUCACACAGUUGCCGCAGAUUUGUCGGCUGCACAUCCAUGAUGCGAAUCUCCCGUUCCACCACAUCCCAAAGAUGCUCUAUUGGAUUGAGAUCUGGUGAUUGUGGAGGCCAUUUGAGUACAGCGAACUCAUUGUCAUGUUCAAGAAACCAGUCUGAGAUGAUUCCAGCUUUAUGACAUGGCGCUUUAUCCUGCUG